AUGUCGAGCUGUACGCUGACACAAGGCGCAACAAAUGAAACCUAUGCUCCCAAUCCCUUCGAGAAUACUGGAAACAUCAAAUUCUACCACAACAAUGUUCCCCGCUUGGGAAACACAAACGAAGUUUUGAAUCUGCUUCAAGGAACGUCUGGCCAACAGCAAGAAUACACACAAGGGUUGCUGUCAACGCCAAUUCUCCUUGCUGUUAUUACCAUGACAUGGAUGAUAGUUCUAUGGGUCUUCAAGUGUUGCAGCAGCAAAAAUCACGAUUGGUUGGCGGGUAAGCCGGUCGUGUUGCAAGAAGAACCAAGCUACAGGAAGCAUGAGAUCGAUUUGGAAAAUAGUUCGGCUGAUGAACCUAAUUGGGAAGUGAGUGUAUUCAAGACAAUCCAAGGAUCUCGGACAGGAUUGAGAUUGGGUCGAAACCGAAAGGGGGAUUUGAUUGCGGUUCGCGUUGAUGAGAAAGGUAUAUUUUAUGGACGCAUCCGACAGGGGCAACGUAUCAUUUCUAUCCACGGUAAUUCCCCAGAAGAGAAUGAUGAAGAAUCUAAUUACGUAGGCCAUGACAGCACAAUUUCAUCCAAAGCUAAGGCCUUCAUAAAGAAGACGAUGAAGAGUGAAACUCAAAACGAUAAAGUUGUCAAACGUGUAGAUAAGGUUGCUGAAGGGAUGAGGACCUUGAAAGAUUCGGUAGGAAAAGUGACAGUUGUCGUGCUGGGCCUAGUGCUCAAGCAGGACUUCAAGUAUGCACAAUGGAGAAAUGAGUGUGAUCGAGUGCUUUGGCAAAAGACUGUCUUCAUGUCGAUUGUUUCAUUUUCUCUGUUGGCUCUUUUCUUCACUGGGAUUGUUCUAAGUUUUACUGGUGUGAAUAGAUUGGAAUCUGCAAUUGAUACUGGAGUAGGGACCAUUGAUAUUGUUGGAGGAAAACUGAGAAAAGGCGUCCAAUUGCUAGAUGACGCAUCGCGCUUAAGCCAAUCGAUCAACAGCAAUGUCAACUCACUACUAGUCUCGCUAAAUGAGAUUUGCCCUGCCCAAAUGGACCAAAUCUGCUCUAAUCUCAACGAUCCCAGCAGUUGUCAGAGCCUUAAUGGUCUCAGUAUCGUUUCUAAGAUGCAGCAGGCCAUUUCCUACCUCCAAGACGAUUCGCUUCAUGAGAAAGCGAUUCAAGAUGCACGCAGCGCGCUAGACAACAUUGCCACUCAGACUAGUGGUUUGGAUUCGGAUCUGGAUCCAGUCAGUCAAGCACUCGAUGGAGUAUUGGCUCUGGCUAUCAUUGUGAUUCUGGUCAGCAUGUUGCUUUAUGUGGUGCUGUUUCUUCCGAUUCCAGCAGCAGCCAGAUCCGCUCUCUUCUGCCUGAGUUACGGGUUCCUUUUUGUUAUUAUCCUCUUCAGCUUUCUACUGUUACUUGUCAUCCUACCAGUAUCUAGUGCAGUGGGGGACGUUUGCUACGAUGAUCCUGGUUCACGGAUCGAAAGUAUUCUACGGGAAAGUAUGGACGCGUCCACCUCGGAUCAGAUUGAGGAUAUGAUUUUCAAUAUUUUCAAAGGUUGCUCAGCACCGGAUGCAAGGUUCGAUGAAACUAUCGAUUUUCAAACGGAGGGCGUAUUUGGAAACCUUGAUGAGGCUAUAGCGCAGUUGAAGCUAAAUAUUGCAAUCUGUGGCACUCCACCAAGCACAAUGGCGAAUUUGGAAGCAGUAUUGAACGACGGAGUGGAUGUGUAUUUGUGUGAAGCCUCCAAUAUUUUGACCAAGUUUAGUGAUUUGUUCAGUUGCAGAUUUUGGCAUCCGAUCUAUGCCCAGCUUGCACACGAGACACUGUGCUAUCAGGGCAUGGAUGCUUUGUCGGCCAUUACAAAUGCACUUUUUGUGAUUCUCUGCAUGUCGCUACUUAUCAUGACAUUUCGAGUUGCACUGUGGGAUGCUGUAAGCUCGCCAUUGCAACAGGCAUCGGAGGACAAGGAGAAGGAAGACCCGUAUAAAAUAAUGAAGACGGGAAGCAAGAAACAAACCGAAGACUUUUCCAGCGUCGAAAAUACGAUCCCUAUGAAGAAGGAUAAGAAGAAAAAUAAGCGCAAACCAAAGCACAUGGUAAUAGAGGAAAGCAUGGACGUGACGGCUGAUGAAUCUCGUGAGUUCAACGCCGAAGGACUUGAGGAGGCACACGAAGGAGAAGGAGAGGUACCACAAACGCGAAAGAAAAAGGUUCACAAGAAGAAGAAGAAGAGAGACUCUGAUAGAGAAGGUGAGAGAGUACAUCGAAGAAAUCCACGAUCAAGCAGCAGGGACCAAAGAAAAUCUCGGAGUAGUCGAAGGCGAAAGCGAAACUCUCGAAGCUGA